AUGGGUUCUGCUGUCCUCCAGCUCUGGGCUCUCCUCUCCCUGCUGGUUCACCUUGCAGCCUGCAGCCCCAUCCUGAGCCUGGAGCGCUCCUCUCUGGAGGAGGACGUGCCUCUUUUCGAUGAGAUCCUCUCCGAGCAAGAUGGGGUGGAUUUCAACACGCUGCUCCAGAACAUGAAAAAUGAGUUUUUGAAGACCUUGAACCUGUCUGACAUCCCCCUGCACGAGUCGGCCAAGGUGGACCCCCCAGAGUACAUGCUGGAGCUCUACAACAGGUUUGCCACAGACAGGACAUCGAUGCCUUCUGCAAACAUCAUCAGGAGCUUCAAAAACGAAGACUUGGAUUCCCACCCCACUGGCGCUCCAGGCACUCGGAAAUACCCGCUCCUGUUCAACGUUUCCAUCCCUCACCACGAGGAGAUCACCAUGGCAGAGCUGAGGCUCUACACCCUGGUGGAGCGGGACCAGAGGCUCUACCAAGGGCUGGACAGGAAGGUGACCAUUUUCGAAGUGCUGGAGAACGUCCCCGCGGGGGCCAGGGAGGAGAGGAAGUUGGUGGCCCUGGCCUCCAGGCACAUCUACGGCACGAGCAGCGAGUGGGAGAGCUUCGAGGUGACGGAGGCCACGCGGCGCUGGCGCCGGGCGGGGCUGAGCACGCACCGGCUGGAGGUUCACAUCGAGAGCAGCGAAGGGGAGGAGCAGAACGGGGACGGGAAACUCGACAUCGACAUCAACUCCGAGGCCAAGCACGUGCCCCUGCUGGUCGUGUACUCUGACGACCAAAGCAACGACAGGAAGGAGGAGAAGGAAGAGCUGAACGAGAUGAUCGACCACGAGCAGCUGCUGGAGCUGGAGAACCUGGAGAUCGGGAACUUCCACGAGCAGCCCGGGGAGGAGGCGCUGCUCCAGAUGCGCUCCAACAUCAUCUACGACUCCACCGCCCGCAUCCGCAGGAACGCCAAGGGCAACUACUGCAAAAAGACCCCGCUCUACAUCGACUUCAAGGAGAUCGGCUGGGACUCGUGGAUCAUCGCCCCGGCCGGCUACGAAGCCUACGAGUGCCACGGGGUGUGCGCCUACCCCUUGACGGAGCACGUCACGCCCACCAAACACGCCAUAGUCAAGACUUUGGUGCACCUGAAGAACCCCCAGAAAGCCUCCAAGGCCUGCUGCGUGCCCACCAAACUCGACCCCAUCUCCAUCCUCUACCUGGAUGCAGGGGUGGUCACCUACAAGUUCAAGUACGAGGGCAUGGUGGUGGCAGAGUGCGGCUGCAGAUAGUAGGAGGGAACGCCGGCGUGGGGAGGGCACAGGGGGGAGUAUUUAAUGAUUCAGUCUGUAAAUUUGUACAUUUGCUAUUUAAUAAGGUUAUUUAAUGAGGCCUGUACAGAUAAUUGUGUGUUUGCUGGCACGGGGAACGGGCUGGUCACGUAGGGAUUGUAUAUUUUGUUCCAUUGCCUCCUUCUCGCUGUCCGGAUCGCCGCCGAGCC